AUUUUCUAUGGCAACUCCUGUACAUGUCAGUUCUGUCACUGUGGUUCUGUCACUUCUGUGGACAGUGGACCUACUAGAUAUUUUGCCAGUGAAAAGGCUUGAAUUUCAGUUGUAAUGUUUUGUGGCAUAAAGUCAUAAAACUUUGACUAACACGACUUUUGCGCUGUACGUCAACACGUCAUCGCGUCCCGUUUUCUGAGAAAAAGCUUCAAGUUUAUGACGACUUUAAUACAGUAUAAAUAUAAACGAACGUGAGUUUUAAAUUUUUGGUAUAUUGUAGAAUUCGAACGCAUGUAUGUUGCAAAUAUUCAUACCACUAAAAAUGCUUAUAUCUUCACAAUUAUUCAUAACUUCGUUUCUGUAGGCUAGUUACAAAAGGCAAAAUUUUACUCGCUAAAGAACGUAUAUGAAACUGUGGAAAAAAAUAUUUCAAAGCUCUCGCGAAAUUAUUUCGAAAGUGCAAGGUAUGAAAUAUUAAAUGUGAAUAUCAAAUGAAUAUCCUUUAUACUUUAUUGAAAUCUAUUACUUGUUUUCUGGUAGAAGUAGCCAGGGUUAUUUCAAUCCUACUAAUUCAGGUCGAAUUCUAUGCAAAAGUCAAAAUUUUAUGGCAAUAUUUAUAAUACAAAUACUGAUUCAGUGUAUCGGCUUUUGUUUACAUUUUCCAACCUUAUUAUUGCACUCUCCCUCCCCUCCCUAGUGAGCAAUUUGCGCAUUUUCGCGGCGUUCGCGGGCUCAAGCAUAUGGAAUAUAAAUUUUUGGAGGGAAAUUCAAUUUAACGAAGUCAUCGACCACCGAAGUGAACUCAUUUUCUCCACGAUUUUUAGCGAAUUUAAACCAUUUUUCAAAUGAGUAUGUAUUCAAUUUGAUGUUAUAUUAUGUGUGUGUAUGUUAGGUAAUUGUUUAAUUAAGAACUUGGGGGCUAUUAAGGCAUUUUUUGUAAUACAAAAUUUUGUUAACUAUUCCCCAGCCAGGGAAUACUGUAUGGUGAUUGUACAAAUUGUAUAUUCUUAUUUUGUUCAGUGUUAGGAAAUGGUAAAAGUCAUCUGCUAAGUUCUUGGUUACAUAAUGAAAAUGAUAUGAAAAGUAAUGGGAAAAAAUUAAAACCUGUUAAGGUGCAGUAUAAAAAAAAUUACCUACAUUCCAUUCAUACUUGUGAGUUGUGCCUCAUUAUAUUUUAGAAUUGACUUAAAAGAUAUUUACAUUUUCUUUAAUAUUAAAUAUCUUUUUCCUUUAUCAAGGUUUCAAUUGAAGGAAAUAUAGGCAGUGGAAAAACCACUUUACUCGAGUAUUUUAAUAAACAUUCACAUGUAGAAGUAAGUAGCAUAGCGUACCUGAGGAAAAUAAUUAGGGGGGUAGCUGAAAAUUUGCCCGACAUUUGCCAAAUUGGUUAGCUCUUGGAAACCGAACUCUGUAGCUCAGUCAUCAGGGUGCUGCAUCAGAAUCACAGGGCUGGGGGUGGUAUAGCAUGUAUAGGUUUCCACUCCAAAUUUCCAUCUGUAACAUUUACCAAAACUUGAAAGUCCUUGAAUGUCCUUGAAUUUGAAAACAAAUUCAAGGCCUUGAAUUUUUCUUGCUCAAGUUUUUGGAUAUUUUCUGAAAUUGUUUGACAUUGAAAAUGGACAUUAUGUUGAAUUUAUUUUGCAUAUUCGUAUCUGACAAAGCUGUUUGCAACUCAUUAAAGUUGCCUUUUGAACAAUUCAACGUCAGAUUUUACUGAUUUCUAACCCCUUUUCUUCAGUAUUUCGUCCUUCAAUUUGAUGAUACAUGGCCUUGAAUUUGACUCUUCCUCACAUGUACGAACCCUGCUUACUGUAACAUUCUUUAUUUAGGUAAUAACUGAACCUGUAGACAAAUGGCAAAAUGUGGGAGAUGGAAACACUUUGGUGAGAAUUGUUAUAGGCAAUGAUUAAUUAAUCUUUUAAGUGACAAAGUGCCCUGCUUUAUUAUUUUACUCUGUCUUACACCAGAUGAUUUUACUUUGGGGAGAGUGCUACCAGUCUGUGGGUGAACUUACCAAAACUUAAAGUAUAGACUUCCUUGAAGCACUAUAAAGUAUGUUCCUGUUCAUUUUAGGCUUUAUUUUAUGAAGAUCCAAGCAGAUGGAGUUAUUUGUUUCAAUCUUAUGUCCUCCUUACAAUGUUGGAAGUUCACAAAAGAAAACAAAAUCGACCAGUCACGUUGAUGGAAAGAAGUGUUUAUAGUGCUGGUUAUUGUUUUGUAGAGAAUCUUUAUAAAAGGUGCACUUGAGACAGUUAAAAGCUAAUACAUAUAGCAUAAGCCAUUUUAGAUUUUGGCAUACUAUUAUGCAUAAAACAUUAAACAUUCCUAUAUAAUUUUUUUAUUACUAGUGGGAAUAUGUCAUCCAUAGAAUAUGGAGUCUAUAGAAAAUGGUUUGAUUGGGUCAUCAGAGAAGAAAAACCACAUGUGGAUUUAAUAGGUGCAGGAAUAUUUAAUAAAUAUACAGAACUUAUUAUAGAUAAUAAAUAUUAUAACCAAUGUGAAAAUUGCAGAUUGGCAGGGAUACAACUACCUGAAAAAUACAAGCAGAAUGUCAACGUUUCGAGCAAAUACCCCAUCGUUGGGAAGUUACUCGCUCAUCAAUGGCACAGACUGUUUGAGAUUAUGCCAAUGUGGUCAUGAAUUUUAUCUAUCUCUAUAAGUAAUGCACACACACACACUAGAGGUGUGCAAAUCCGAUCCGAUUUCGGAACAAAAAAAUUCAUUUCGGAUUGAUAAAGUUGUUUUGUAGUCGGAAAUUAAUUAUCCAUGACAACGCGGUUGUCGCUGCAUUAUUUGUUUGAUACUUCAAUUGGACGUCACUUUGUCAGCUUCUUGACAUGUAUUUCUUGCUUUUAUAUUUAUUUGGUUAAAUAUUUUCACUUGAAUGAGAAAUUUAUUUUAUUAAUUAAAUUAAAGGAUUCUGCGGAUUGGAAUUCUUUAUCAAAAGUCAGAUCAGAUUCGGAUUAGACAAUUUCGGAUCGGAUUUUAAACAUUAGCCAAUUGUUGGAUAUUAAACAUUAGCCAAUUAGCCGAUCCGAUGCACACAUCUAACACACACUAUCAACUUUCCCUGUGGGAGAAAACGAGAAUACAUGAAGAAAAUAAAUUACUUUACGGCAAACUAUAUGAAUGUUUUGAGUCCAAAGUAAGAAUCAAACCACCAUCUCAGAGGUGUUAGUUAGCUGUAACAACUGACAAUAUUGAAUAAUACUUUCUAGUUUACCUGAGAACAGAUCCUAAAGAGUGCUAUGAAAGAAUUAAAAAGCGGAGUAGAAAGGAAGAAACAGACAUUCCAAUGGUACUAAUAAAGACUUGCUGUAAUACAUACAGCUAAGGUCGUUAUCUCAUUAUCAUUUCACUGAUUAAUUGCUUCACUAAUUAAAUAUCUCCAUGUUUUUCUCAGAGUCUAAUCACAUCCAUUCACCAACACUAUGAAGACUGGUUGAUUAACAAAACAAAGUUUGAAAUUCCAGCACCAGUACUGGUAAGUCUAGGGUUUCAGUAACUUUUACAGGGUGGCAGACGGUCAACUUUUGAACUGUGGACACUAUAGGCUCAGGAAAAUUUUGUAAAAUGUGAUUGGCCUACACAAAAUUUUCUGUCGGAAAAAAAUUUUGAAGUUGAAAAUUUUCAACUUUUAACAAUGAUAUUCUCGGAAACUUUUCUGUCUGUGGAAAAUUUUCUUGAGUGGAAAUUGGCCUUUAUAGAAGUCUACAAUAGGUGUUGAGCACAUCUGCUGCUCAGCAAGAGCUGCAUAUUCUGCCUAAAACAUUGCAGAAUACUGACUUUAAACAAACUACUGUAUGUUACACUACCAUGAUUUCUUUCCUGUUUUCCAGGUCUUGGAUGGUAAUAAGGAACUUAAAGAUAUGUUUAAAAUUUAUGAAACGAACA